AGUUUCCCAUCACUAGUCGAAUGUUUUGAUAGUUCGUUGGAACCGGCUCUUAGUCUUAAUUUUUAACCAGUUCACGUUAAGAAUGAUCUCUUCUUGGUUACUUGUCUUUAGUUCAUUGUUAUGUGCACGAGCGUUUUCGGCGUUUUAUUUACAUAUUACAGAUUGUGAUGAAACGUUUAACUACUGGGAACCAAUGCACUAUUUGCUUUAUGGAAAAGGGCUUCAAACCUGGGAAUACAGUCCGGAAUACGGUCUGCGUUCGUAUUUAUAUCUAAUACUUCAUGCAAUUCCCGCUUGGAUUACAAAACACGUUAUGGUAGCUAGUAGUGUGGAGUUGUUUUAUAUGACUCGUUCUAUGUUGGCAAUUAUAUGUGCUCUUUUCGAAACUACUUUAUUCAGCGCAAUUCGUGAUUAUUUUGGAAUAUGUCCGAGCAUCAUAUGGGUAAUACUUCAAAUAGUUAGUCCAGGGAUGUAUAUCUCUAGCACUGCAUUACUCCCAAGCACGUUCUCAAUGUACAUGACUAUGGUAUUCCUGUUUGCAUGGUGGAACAAAAAAUUUAAGUUGGCAAUUUUGAGCAUUGUCAUUUCAUCACUCAUAGGUUGGCCAUUUGCUGCACUAAUAAGUAUUUCUUUCCUGUAUGAAAUUCUAAUUCAAAGACGAUUGUUCAUGUUAUUCAUCAAGUGGAGUGUUCUUUUCGCAAUUAUAGUUGGUGCCCCAAUGCUAAUAGUAGACUCCUAUAUUUAUGGAAAGACUACGUUCGCUCCUUUGAAUAUUAUUUUAUAUAAUGUAUUUUCUUCUCAUGGUCCAAAUUUAUUUGGAGUCGAGUCUAGAUAUUUCUAUUUGAUUAAUUUGUUCCUUAAUUUCAAUAUCGCGUGGUGUUUUGCUUUGAGCUUUCCAUUAACAGCAGUAAUGGUUAACUUUAAAAAACCGUCGAAGUUACCAACAAAUGGCUUCGGAUUUGCAGCUCUGUUUAAAACAUUGCCCCUCUACAUAUGGCUGUUUGUGUUUUUCAUUCAACCGCAUAAAGAAGAAAGGUUCAUGUUUCCAGUUUACCCAGUAAUAUCGCUCUGUGGGGCAUUAGGAGCUUCAAAUUGUAUAAAAUGGAUGAGCCAAAAAAUUAACGUAUCAUUUCGGAAUCUCAUAGUAGGAGCUUUAGGAUUAUAUACUAUUCUAAGUAUAUCAAGAAUUACCGCAUUGUAUUUCAAUUAUCAUGCACCAAUGGAUUUACCAGCAUACGUUAAUGAAUCAUCUGUAGUUCAAAAUAUGUGUUAUGGAAAAGAAUGGCACAGGUCCCCAGGAAGUUUUUUUCUGCCCUUAAACUAUCGGCUAAGCUUCAUCAAGUCAAAUUUCAAUGGUAUACUCCCAGCAUAUUACAAAGAAGGCCAAGAUGGUGCAAGAGUGAUCCAUAGCUACUUCAAUGACAAAAAUGUAGCUCAUGAUCAUAUGCUGUUCGAUUAUUCUAAAUGUGAUUAUUUAAUAGAUUUGGAUCUGGGAGACGAAUACGACCCAAAAAAUGCAGAACCAAAUUACUCGCUAGACAUUGAAACAUGGGAAGUUGUAAAUACUAUUAAAUUUUUAGAUGUUAAUAAUUCAUGGAGGUUGUUCAGGGCUUUUCAUUUACCCAUGAUAGGAUCGUCAAAACUACAUUUUAGAAACUAUAACUUAUUGAAACGAAAAUCUAAAUUAGGGUAAAUAGUGUUUAGUUCUGCAACCUGAUUGCGGAAUCAUUUUUUUAUAUUUUCUGUUAUCAUUUCUUCCAAAAUGAAAUACAUUGUUGAAAAACUAA